CAGAGGACUGAGAUAAGUACUACGUGAGAACCUGGGAAUACCCAGAGUGAACAAGAAGGCCAGAUCCUAGACUGGCUGGACGGAUGGAGUUACAUCCCCAAACAAAUGACAGUCCUCGUGCAGGUAGAAACGAACAGAUGUAAAGGCACUUGACAUCACAAUAUUACAUGUCAUGAGGAUUAAUUAAACGUUAUAUUGAAAAUUCAAAUGAAUACCAGAGUAUUUAACUAUUUAGAAGAGCCAAGGAUACCCAUACCUGGUCUACCGCACAAAACCUGGUUGUCACAGCGACGUCAAACAGAAAGAGAACACCUGCUACACUGAUCCUGUUAUAUUAGACACAUGGACACUACAACUGCAAAAUGACUGAUGACUGAAGUCUUAUAAGCCUCAUCCUGUGCAAAUACACUGCAAAUAACAUCCUUACCUGAAAAGAACUUAAUUAACGGAUACAUUGCCACGAGGAACAUUUUACGCCAAGGCAAAGCAAAAAAAAACAAAGGUGAGGUACAGUAUGCCAGAGAAAGUGUGCAAGUUUCAAGGUCAGUGUUAUCAUAAGCUGAAGAGAUCAUGUCUGAGGCGAGGGGCUCUGUUCCAAGAUCCAUUCUUUCCUCCUUCAGCUGAGUCACUGUUCUACAAAAGGACGCCCCCUCCAGGACUGACGUGGAAGAGACCUAGGGAACUGUGUAAAGAUCCUCGACUAUUUGUGGAUGGAAUCAGCACAAGGGAUCUGCACCAGGGCAGUCUGGGUAACUGCUGGAUGGUGGCAGCCACAUCAUGUUUGGCAGCAGAAUCCUCACUCUGGAAGAAGGUUAUCCCAGACCAUGCUGAGCAGGAGUGGCACCCAAAGCGCCCGGAUCUGUAUGCCGGAAUUUUUCACUUUCGUUUCUGGCGGCUGGGCCAGUGGACAGAUGUCGUGGUUGAUGACCGCUUACCAGUCAGUGAGGAUGGAACACUGCUCUUCUGCCGUUCUGCAACUCCACGGGAAUUCUGGAGCGCUUUGUUGGAGAAAGCUUAUGCCAAGCUAAAUGGGUGUUAUGAGGCUUUAGAGGGAGGUAAUACAGCCGAAGCCCUAGUUGAUUUUACUGGUGGUGUCUCUGAACCAUUGAAUUUGAACCAGGAGGAACUGAUCCAGCAUGCUGACCAGAGAAAAAUGCUGUUCCAGACAAUAGCACACGCACAUGGCCAUAAAGCGCUCAUCACCUGUUCCAUUCGGCCAGCAGACGGAGAGCAGGUAGAAUCAGUUCUGGACUGUGGACUGAUAAAGGGUCAUGCAUACGGUGUGACUGCAUUCAAAAAACUUCGUAUGUCAGAGACUCUGAAUGGCAUGUGUAACACAAUUCGUUUGCACAUGGUCCGGAUGAGGAACCCUUGGGGCACAGCAGACUGGACAGGAGCGUGGAGUCUUGGGUCUCCUCAGUGGCAGCAGCUAAGUCGCAGAGAACGGGAGAAGAUGGGCCUUGUUGUCCGAGAUGUCGGAGAGUUUUGGAUGGAGUUUGAGGACUUCUGCCGUUACUUCACAGACAUGGUGGUUUGCAGGUUGGCGGAAAAAUCUCUCCUCUGGCCACAGACCCACUGGAGAGAGGUGUGCUGCCAGGGUGCUUGGACCUAUGCAUCUGGGAUCCAACCUCCUCCCUCAUCUUCUUGUCAUCUAAACAUCAAGAACCAGAGGCCUUCAACUGGGCACCAAUGGUCCAAACAAAGGCCAGCUCAAAGACAAGACAAAAAGGAACAAAGACUGAGUGAAAGGCAGAAAGAGGGACAAAUCCAAGGACAAAAACAGAAAAAGAAAGAAGUAAAACCAAAGCAAAUUAAGGGAAGAAGGGAGCAUGUGAAAAAACAGGCAGAAGGCAUGGAAAUGAGAUGGGAGAGGCAAAUUGACAGCAGAAGUCGAUGUGGAGGAUGUAUCAAUCACAGAGACACAUUUCUAUACAACCCACAGUUCCUUUUUGAACUGGUUGGAGAUGGGGCAGAGGUGUUGAUAUGUUUGCAACAGGAGGACAGGAGGAUGAAAAGGAGGGAGGGAAGUGGGGAGAACUUACCGAUCGGCUUUGAGGUUCUAAGGGUGGAGGUGAAUCGUGUUUGUCGUGUACAGUGUUUAUGUGAGCAGGCUGCUAGCUCUGUGUAUAUGGACUCCCGUAGCGUUACUCUGCGAGUGACUCUUGGCCCGGGACGCUACGUCAUCCUCCCCACUACUUUCCUGCCUGGUUCCACCGGUCGCUUCCUUCUGCGCUUUUUCUCACACUCACAUGUGCGCCUCAGGGAGUUGAAGGAAGAGCUGCCUGCUCGUUCAGUGUGGCAGUGUUGUUUUCCUGAGCCCAGCGCUGUAACGACAGUCCAUCUGCUCAAAGCCUCUGGCCUUAGCCAUCCCAAACAAACCGCUCCUGAUGUAUAUGCUGUCAUCCGUUGCGAGGAAGACUCUGUAAGGACUAAAAUUUUCAAAAACAAUGGAAGUCCUGAAUUUAACACCAAGGCCAUCUUUUAUAACAGGAACCCAAAGUCCAAAAUAUCCAUUGAGCUGUGGAAAAGAGGUUUGCUGUUGGACACAUUACUGGGAGGAGCACAAAUUCAGACAGGAGGACAUGAGCGCUGUCAAAACAGAGUGAUUGAUUUGCAGGGUGGCCAAUCGCGAGGCAGUGUUUUCAUAGAGACUUCCUCCAGCCAGUGCCUGACAGACCUGUGACCUAGUCAAGGUAAAGACUGAUGAUAUAUCAUCAGACGACUGAACAUCAGAAACAACUCUUGCUGCCAUGCUUCAGCAUAGAACGGCAAACUUCUGGAGCAACCUGGGGUUAUGUGUUUUGCUCAGGGGCUUAUGGUGAUGGAUAAAAUUCAUUGUAUCUGCUGGACAGAUAAUGAAAAAUAUGAAGGUCUUGGAUUAUUUUACUAGUAAUAAUGCUAAUGAUGUAGAAAAGUUAUGCAAUAACUGACAGAAUGUUUUGUUCUUAAUGCUGGGCAAAUAAAAUUACCAAAUAUAACUGCAGUGUGAAUUAAAUCUGCUAUUCAUUUUGAUGCUUUGACUCAGUGUUAAUGGUUGGUACUGAUGUCUCAGGAAGUCUUUAAGGGCUAUGCUAAAAUGUAACAUAUCUAUUUAAAACAAACACAUAAACUGCCAAAAAAAAAAAAAUGUAAUCUGAUCAGAAGAGUAAUAAACAUUUCAGUCUCUUCUAUCUGUAGUGUUCUUAAACACACACACACAAAACAAGAACCAACAAAUGUGCACAGCAAAAAAAUCAUAUCUAUAUUUUAUUAAUUUAAAUAGAAACGAUUUACUUAAAGGAUGGAAAGAGAGUAAAAAUUAUCUCAAAGCACCUGUAAGAUCUGACCUGAGAUUUGUUCCACUGUGUCUUCCUGCAGGAGAACAGAAAUAUAAAAUGUAUACAGGGUUUUUUUUCCCCUUCUGAUUUUCAUCUCAGGGGCAAUAACUCCAGCCUACUGAAUUCAUUGCAGCAUAAUGCAUUUUUGUGAUGCUGUUUGCACACAGCAAGAACUGGUUUAUCUUAAAAUGUUACUGUUUUGAAACCUUCUGAAACCAAGUGCACACAUUUUUACUGUAUAUCAGUCAUUGUAUUCUAAUAUACUGAUUUACAUAGUCAACAGGAAGCAAAACUGCAUUUCGGUACUGUGACCUUUAAUAAAUGCACAAUGAAUGCUUCUUUUGGGAACAGGUCAUGCGUUUCCCUGAGUUCCCUGAGUAAUAUGGUUUGUUUUGUGAGGCACCAUGGAUCUAAACAGCAAACAUAGAAUUAUUUGAGAUCUUCUCCAGUAUCUAAAGCAUCUUGCUCUAGUAUGUAUUGU